AUGCUCAUAUUCUUCCUUUUGUUUGCUGCAACAGCAGCUGUCAGCGCAGAGGACAAGCUCGAACUCCAUCGCCCGAGACAUCAUAAAGGUAAUGGAUCUUACUCUCCCAAAUUUGUUGGUCCAAAUAAGCCAGAGGAGCAUCACGAACGAUAUGGACCUCAUCCUCCCGAAUUUCCUGAUACCUAUGAGCUAGAAGAGCCUCACAGACGAUAUGAACCUUAUUCUUCUAACGUUCCUGAGCUAGGGGAACAUCGCAGACCUCAUGAAUCUCAAUCUUCACUUCCUGGGUUUGAGCUAGUGCUAGGAUCACAAAAAAUAAUAAUGCCAGCAGGACGAUCACUAGUGAUACCACAAUGGGCCGAAAGUCCGCAUCCGUUAGAUCCUAUCACGUACCCAACCACAACACUAGAAAACGAGGACUAUCUGGGUAAAGUUACUACAGCUCACCCAUACACACCGCUACCAGAUGAGGAGAGGACCACAGCUACCGAAGGAGGAGAGAACACCAAAAAAGAGGCCACCACAGCUGCCCAAGAAGAAACCACAGUGACAGCAAUGACGUCCGAAAGUGAGCAGCCUCACGGAACAGAGGAAGAGGAGUUCACGCCAAUUUUCGAAGGUACCACAAUUGCUCCAGUGUGGUGAAUCAAGAGUUCCAGUAAUGGAAAACUUCAUAGUCUAAGAAUGGUCAAGAGUUUUCUGUUUCGGAAUUCUCUGUAAUAAAAUGCUUGCUA